GUGCGUGUACUCGGUGUGGAGCAAAAUAAUGAUGAUAUUUCUACUUACUUUAUUUCUUUUUUACACUCUGGGGAAUAGUCAGAUUUUACCAAAUAGACCUGUGACUCCAGUACCUGGGAUGAAUGUUUCUCCAACAUCUUUGUAUCCUGGAUUUAAUAGAAAUCAGUGGCCAAAUGGAUACAAUCCAUACUACAAUUCACAAGGAGCUGCUGUACCCAUUGUAUCUUACAGUGACAACCGUGGCAUAGACGGAAGUUAUUCCUACAGCUAUGCGUCAGCAGAUGGUAAGGAGGUUCAGGAAAGCGGGUUUGUAAAAGAUGCUCAUAUUGAUAACGCGGGAAAUCCCCAAGGCACACAGGUUAAAGAAGGUGGUUUUGCAUACACAUCGCCUGAAGGAAUACCAAUAAAAGUGAACUAUGUCGCCGAUGAGUAUGGAUUCAGACCGGCAGGCAUUCAAAUACCGGCAGAUGGAAGUGUAGUCCCAUCAUUAAUUAACGGAACAAAAGGCGGAAAUCCGUUUUAUAACAAUUACAGUCCCUUCAAUUAUGGUAAUAGGUACAAUAAUAAUUAUGGACCUUAUAAUUAUAGACCUUACGACCCCAGAUAUCCAAACGCUCCAGGAAACUACCCUUUGUACAAUCCUUACCGUCAAUUUGGGUAUCAAAAACGAACAUCCCAAGAUACCGCUAAAAAGACAACUGCGUAGAUGCCACUUUGCUUAUAACUUGUAAAUAUACAUAUUUUAAACAGCAAAUGUGA